AUGAAGACACCGGGAACUCGAAAACCGCCGAGACGGCCAACUGGAGGCUAUAUUUGCACAAAAAGAGGCAAGACGAUCGAAGAGCCUGAAGAAGAUCCUCCUCCGGAUCCAAAAGCUUCAUCAGAUGAUUUCAAUGUGCAUUGCCUUCUUCGAGACAUCGACGACAAGAAGCUGGUAUUGCUAAUGAUCGGACAUCCAUCGUCUCGUUCAACAGCUUUGAUCCUUCAAGCCCUUCGACAGCAAAUGUCGGUAGCAACUCUUGAUGAAUAUGUCGCUGAUGCCCUUAAAUGGGUUGUCGAUAAUGAUGUUCUCAUGUUGAAAAUGAAGAAAAAUAGCCUAUUCUGUCGAGUACUCCAAGCGGAUGGAGUCGAUUCUCGCGAGCAGAUGGCUCGAUUCGUCAACACGAUUGCCAGCUAUCCGAACGGUCGGCAUUAUCUGGCAGCUCACCAAAAAGUCUUUUUGCCAUGUUUGGUGGCAAUUCUGCGCGGAAAACGAAUCCCAUCAACGACGCAUGAUCAACUGAUUGCGUGUAUUCAGAAAAUGAGCACCAGAAAUUCUUGUCAAAAGGAGCUUCUUCAAAGCGGCGUUCUCGAAUGGGCCGUGAAUCAUUUCGACCAGAAGCUCAGCAAUUAUGCGUUCGAGUACCUGGCGGCGCUCGUUAUCAACUUAUCCUCCAACAGUCUCAGCCAUCAAAUAGUUGCCCGUCUGGCCGACUCGAUUGCCAAUUCGAUCGCCGGUCUGAUUCUCAAAGUCUCGCACGGGACGUCUUGCUCUUUGUACAACAACUUGAUCAUGUCGGCGUUGAGUUGCAGCCGAAUCCGUCUUCGAUCCAAAGACACGAAGCUUCUUGAAGCGAUCCGAACCCGUCUGGAAAUGCGUCCGAAUUGUCCGCUUUGCAGUUUGCACAAUCCGUAUUUGCAAGCAAUCAUCAAUCAAGAUGUUGAAUUCAAUCGAGUUCCGCAGUCGCCGACGGAAUCCGAUGCUGACAAGGCGGGAAUCUCGUGCGAACGCGAGAUUGAUGCUCUCGAUCCGCUUCGACCGUCUUCGAACGAGUUGAGCGGUGCUCGUCUGCUGAUCCGCAAGGCGUAUUGCGAUCAUUCCAAUGAAUUCCAACAGACGCCCGUACCUGGCCAGGUGCCCUACAAAUCGUCAUCUCAUCCCCAAUUAUCAUCGCGCGCCAAUUCGAAGGCGUCGAAUCGCAAAUCGGAGCCGCCGCCGCAGCAGCAGCAUCAAAAGCGAAUCGGCACCGCCACAUCGCAACACACAUUUGUCAUCGAAACCGAACGGCGUCGGCCGCUGGUUGUCAACAUCGGACUCACGGAAGGCGCUUUGGAGUACAAAAAAAUGACUGAUGAGAGAGCGCGAAAACUCGAAGACGAGGAGCGCAAAAAGCGCAAAGAGAAAGAGGAGAAGGAGAAGGAGAAGCAGAAGGCGUUGCGACACAUCCAGUUGACGUCGCGGAAAGCGCCGUCGCUUCUUAAAAAGGAAUUGUCGAUGGCGGCGAAUCUUGAGCCGGAAAAGAUUAUCUCAACGCAUAAUCAAAUCAAAAAGUCAUUCUCGAAAAAUUCGAUAACCAAAAAAGGAAACCAUUCGGAAGAGAAGAACAAUAACAACAAAGAGCCGUCGAAUGAUCCGGAAUAUCCGAUCGAGAAUGAGACGUUCGACGACUACAACGCCGUAUUCGGAAGUCGGCCAAAAAGAUAUCUCUUCCUCAUUUUCUUCUCAUUUUUAUUCACAAUCACUUCUGUUAUUCUGACAUCGAAUUUUAGCGCGAAAAUUGAGGCGAAAUUAGUUGAAAUUAUGCUGCACAAUUAUGUUAAUUAUAUGUCGAAUGAGAAGUCGAGAAAGAUAAUGGAUCAAAUCCAUGUGAAAUACUCUUGUUGCGGGAUUCACGGAAUCAAGGAUUUUCUCGAUUUCACCGAAGUGGAAGGAUUCGAGAAAUAUUUCGACGAGUCCGUUCGUCCACCUGCAUGCACAGAAUGGGAUUACUGUAAUCUGCCGAUGACGUGCUGCCACUCAACAAUGUGCUCAAAGGCGUUUCGCAUAUUUCGCGCGCCGGUAGAUCAAGAAGAAAUAAUUGAGAAAUGGUUUCAUAAUAAAGGAUGUCUUUGGGAGAUUCGCGAUAAUAUCACUCUGCUUCCAUCUGAUUAUAUCGUCACUAUUAUUCUCGUCUUGACAUUGCUUCUUAAAGUGAUCAGCUUGUUUUUGGUAAAGUUAGUCAUGACGUCGUACGCCACAUUAAAAAUGACGAAUUCCGCAGAUGAAGAGGAUUCUUUUGCAUGGAUUAUGGAGUAUGGAUAUCCGGAGCCAAAAGAUAUUAUUGAUGUGUUCCACGAAGAAGAAGAUUCAACGAGUGAUCAAAAUGUUGAGAAACUCAAGAAAAUUGAAGACGUCGAAGUUGAGGAGAAACUCGAACUUGAAGUGCCUUCUGUGUCGAAACCUGAAUUAUCGUCGUCUUCGAAUCCGACGCCGGCCACGAGAAUCUCGUCGACGGAAACGAAAAAGUCGAGCGAGAAUCCAACGCCGGCAACGAAAAUCUCGUCGACGGAAACGAAAAAGACGAGCGAGAAUCCGACGCCGCCUGUUGAGACGACGAAGACGUCGAAAGUCGCAUCUGACGAGGGCGCGAAUGAAUCCGAUGAACCUGAAAAAUCGAAUGAGUCGAAGGAAUCGACGACGAAGAGCAAGGAGAAUAAGGGCAAAAAAGCGAAGAAAGGUGGCACGAAGAAGGCGAAAAAGAAGGCGAAAAAAGGGAAAUCAAAAGAGAAAAAUAAUAAGAAAAAGAAGGCGAAUGCAAAGAAGAAGAAGACGAAGAAGAAGGCGUCGAAAACGACGGCGAAGGCAAAAGCGAAACCGAAACAAACCGCGAAACCUAAACCGAAACCAAAACGAGCAAAAAAAUAA